CUCUACGCUGUAGAGAGCGAAGAAGUGAAAAACGGGAUACUGGCUAAUGAGAGGGUGUUUAAUUUGCGCACUUUGCUGGGUGGAGACAACACAGAGAUAGAGGCAGGUGUUCGUUUUAUUGCGGAGCAACUGGACGUUAAACAGCCCCUAACUGUUAGUCUGACGCUGAAAAGCUACAGGCCGGAGCAUUUGAAGCUAAUCGUAAAGUGUAUUAAGGAGUUUAAGGCCAACUAGAGCAGAAUGGCCCUAGUGAAAAGGACUAAACUAGCGGAGAGUUAUUUUGGUCAGGUUGUGCUCGGACCGCCAGGCAGUGGAAAGACUACGUACUGUGGCAAAGUGUAUGAGUUUUACAAGAACAAGUUAAACAGACAAGUGCAGGUGGUUAAUCUAGACCCAGCCAAUGAAAACAUGGGCUAUGCCCCGACGAUCGAUCUUAUGAAUCUGAUUACUGUAGAGAAAGUGAUGAAAAAAUAUAAUCUAGGACCAAACGGCGCUUUGAUGUACUGCAUGGAGUACUUGGAGCAGAACUUCGAAUGGUUAUUAAAGCAACUAGUUCAAGUCAAAGACAGCUACUUAAUAUUUGACAUGCCCGGGCAAGUGGAGCUCUACACCCACCAUAACUCCAUUAAGAACAUAUUCGCCAAGCUGGAGAAGCUCAACUACCACUUGUGUGCUGUCCAUCUGGUUGAUUCCCAUCACUGUUCAGAUGCAAGCAAAUUCAUAUCCACGUUGCUGUUGUCUUUGUCCACUAUGAUUCAAGUGGCCUUGCCCCAUGUGAAUGUUCUAAGCAAGGCUGACCUGCUCAAAGCGAACGCAAAAAAGCUGGAUUUCGGCGUGGAUUUCUACACGGAUGUGCUGGACCUACACUACCUGCUGGAUCUCCUUGAUGAUGGCCCUUUCAGCAAAAAAUUCAAGAACCUCAACAAGGCAAUCAUUGAGCUAGUCGAAGACUACAGUCUGGUGGCUUUUAUACCUGUGGAUGUUAAUUCGGACAAGAGUUUGUUGGCGUUGAAAAGCGCAACUGAUAAGGCAAAUGGAUACAUUUAUGGAAGUGGCGAAGAGAGGAGCAUUCAAGCGCUGAUGUCUUGCGCUGUCGGGGCCAGGACUGAGUCGGAAAAAUUUGAUGUUGAUUAUAUGUAAUUGAAAGUAAACAUAUCCGACACUCGAUAGAAAAUCCUUUUUAUAUUACAAACUUAAAGACUAUACUGUUAACUACUUUUCAAGCCGUUUGUGGUUUUUGAGUCUUUUGUUUCUCCAGUUGGGCUCUGAAACGAUGACGGAUUGUUGGGGGGGCAUAAGAAACAGGGGAAAAAUGUGUUAAGUACCUCAA